CUCGACGACAUCAGCAAACAAUGGGUUCCAGCCCCAUAUUACUUGUAACCCAGGGCCACCAGGUGUGGUUCUGAUUGUUUCACGCCAGAUAGUCGCACCGAGUCGCUGAAAAUAAGAGACAUUAAUACGUGUCCAGCCCCCGUAGUUUUCUCUGCGGUAGACAGAAUCAUACCAACAAUGCCUUCUCUACUCAGUGCGGUCUACCGCACCAUCUUCCUUACCCUCUGUGCCCUGAACAUUCUCGGAUGCGCCGCCCAAUCGCCAGGCCACCACCACCAACAUCACCACCUCCAUCAACAAAAGCAACGAGACCAACACCAACAGCAGCAGCCAAUCUACGCCAUCGCCCACCGCGUCCUCCGCCCCUCAGCCGUCACAACAGCCCUCUCCCACGGCGCCAACGCCAUAGAAGUCGACCUAACAGCACAAGAGAAAACAGGAUGGUGGGCCGAUCACUCAGGCGAAGCCAACAGCACCGAUGCCACGGCGCAAGAAAUAUUCACAGCCGUCGCCAACGAGCGCCGACGCGGGCAGAACAUCACCUUUGUGUGGUUUGAUAUCAAAACCCCGGAUGACUGUGAUCCUAAGCGCAACCCCGAGUGCUCGAUUGAGGCCCUGCGUGAUCUGUCACGCAAGAUAUUGCAGCCGGCUGGCGUGAAGGCGCUGUAUGGCUUCUACCAGACUGCUGAUAGUCGCGGGUUUAAGGUUAUGGCCGAGUCGAUUGCGAAUAACAGUAACGAGGCGGUUGUGCUGAGUGGGAAGGCGAGCGAUGUUGCUGCGCAGUAUAAGGGCAAGGGUAUUGACGCGCCGCGGAGGCUUAUGGAUGAUGGAUUCCCGCAGAUGGAGAACAAUUUUGGGAAUUGCCAGGAGCCGGGUAACUUUACGUGUGCUGAGUUAAGGAAUGCGAGUGAGAUGCGUGACCAGGGACAGUUAGGCAAGAUCAUGGGGUGGACAAGUACUCGGGGGGAUGCAGGGCGAGUGGAUAUGCUCCUGGGAACAGCGCGGGUCGAUGGUAUCAUCUACGGCUUUCAAGACAAGGAGUAUAAGGAAGAUCCUGUCGUGCGGGAGGCGUUCGGUGACAUUCGUUCUUUUGUGGACAGGCAUUCCGCUACCCAUCGCAUGGCUACUGCAGAGGAUGUACCUUGGUAA